GCGGCCGCCGCGCUCCCCUCUUCCCUCCCACCCCCCGCCCGCCGCGGGAUUGAUUCGUUCCCGUCCGCCGGCGGCGGCGCAGGCGCGCUGGGCCGGGCCGGGCCGUACCAUGGCGGCGGGGGGAGCGGGCGAGACCAAGGUGAUCUACCACCUGGACGAGGAGGAGACCCCCUACCUGGUGAAGAUCCCGGUGCCCGCCGAGCGCAUCACGCUGGGGCACGUCAAGGCGGCGCUGAGCCGGCCCGGCGCCAAGUACUUCUUCAAGAGCAUGGACCAGGACUUCGGGGUGGUCAAAGAGGAGAUUUCAGACGACAAUGCAAAGCUGCCUUGUUUCAACGGGAGAGUCGUCUCCUGGCUGGUGUCUUCGGAGACCCCCCAGCCCGAGCCGGUGCCGACUCCCGCAGAGACCCGACCGGAGCCCUCGCCCCCACCGCCCCCCCUGCCCCCGCUGCCCGUGGAGAGGACUAGCGGCAUCGGGGACUCCCGGCCCCCCUCCUUCCACCCUAACAUCUCGGGCAGCCGGGAGAACCUGGAGCACGAGACGGAGACGGAGUCAGUCGUGUCACUGCGGAGGGAGAGGCCGCGGCGCCGGGAGAGCACGGAGCAUGGUGGCGGGCACCGGCCGAAUGGGCAGUCGCGGCUGGAACGACACCUGGCCGGGUACGAGAGCUCGUCCACCCUGCUGACCAGCGAGAUCGAGACCACCAGCCUCUGCGACUCAGAUGACGACGACACCAUGAGCAGGUUCAGCAGCUCCACGGAGCAGAGCAGCGCCUCCCGCCUCCUUAAGCGCCACCGGAGGCGGCGGAAGCAGCGCCCCCCGCGCCUGGAGCGGACGUCUUCCUUCAGCAGCGUCACCGACUCUACCAUGUCGCUUAACAUCAUCACGGUCACGCUCAACAUGGAGAAGUACAACUUCCUCGGCAUCUCCAUCGUGGGGCAGAGCAACGAGCGGGGGGACGGGGGCAUCUACAUCGGCUCCAUCAUGAAGGGGGGCGCGGUGGCGGCUGAUGGGCGCAUUGAGCCGGGGGACAUGCUGCUGCAGGUGAACGACAUUAACUUUGAGAACAUGAGCAACGACGACGCCGUCAGAGUCCUGAGGGAGAUCGUCCACAAGCCGGGCCCAAUCGUGCUGACGGUGGCCAAGUGCUGGGACCCUUCCCCCCAGGGGUACUUCACGCUGCCCAGGAAUGAGCCCAUCCAACCCAUCGACCCGGCCGCCUGGGUCUCCCACUCGGCCGCCCUGACCGGCGCCUUCGCCGCCUACCCCGGCAGCAGCUCCAUGAGCACCAUCACCUCCGGCAGCUCCGUCGCCGAGAGCGAGCGCUUCGACGAGUUCAACCUGUCGGUGCACACGGACAUGGCGUCCGUCACCAAGGCCAUGGCCUCGCCGGAGUCGGGGCUGGAGGUCCGGGACCGCAUGUGGCUUAAAAUCACCAUCCCCAACGCCUUCCUGGGCUCGGACGUGGUGGACUGGCUCUAUCACCACGUCGAGGGCUUCCAGGACCGGCGCGAGGCCCGGAAAUACGCCAGCAACCUGCUGAAAGCCGGCUUCAUCCGGCACACGGUGAACAAGAUCACCUUCUCCGAGCAGUGCUACUACGUCUUCGGGGACCUGCGCGGCUGCGAGAACUACAUGGCCAACCUCUCCCUCAACGACAACGACGGCUCGAGCGGGGCGUCGGACCAGGACACGCUGGCGCCGCUCCCGCUGCCCGGGGCCACGCCCUGGCCCCUGAUGCCCACCUUCUCCUACCAGUACCCGGCCCCCCACCCUUACAGCACCCAGCCCCCGCCCUACCACGAGCUCUCCUCCUACAGCUACGGCAUGGGCAGCGCCAGCAGCCAGCACAGCGAGGGGAGCCGGAGCAGCGGCUCGAACCGGAGCGACGGGGGCGGCGGGGGCCGGGGGAAGGCCAAGGACGAGAAGGCGGCCCCCGACUCCAAGUCGGGCAGCGGCAGCGAAUCGGAGUACUCGACCCGCGGCAGCCUGCGGCGGGCGGAGCCGGGGGGCGGAGCCGGCGGGGGCGGCCCCGCCCUGGCCGUGGGCGGGGCCGAGGCGGGCGGGGCCCCCCAGCGGAGCCACCACAGCUUGGCGAGCAGCCUGCGCUCCCACCACUCCUACGGCCCCCCCGGCAUGCCCCUGCCCUACAACCCCAUGAUGGUGAUGAUGAUGCCCCCCGGCCCCCCCAGCGCCGGCCCCGCCUCCGUGCAGCCCCCCGGCGCCCCCCCGGUGCGGGACCUGGCCUCGGUGCCCCCCGAGCUCACCGCCAGCCGCCAGUCCUUCCACAUGGCCAUGGGGAACCCCAGCGAGUUCUUCGUCGACGUCAUGUGACGGUCACGGGACGCCGCCCACGCGCCGUGGGACUCGAUCCGUGGCUGCCUUGAUGUCACGUGACCUCCAUCCCACGGAGCCGUCUGAUGCUGCCCGGCCAGCCCAGCUGCCCGUGGUGCCGUGUCAUGUGACCCAGCCCGUAAGCACCUCAA